AUGGAACAGAAAGUCAAGGUAACACCGUCGGAUGUUGUAAGUAGUACUCUUUUUGCACUCUUUCUAAUGAAUAUUAUUUGAAAAUGUGUAACUGUAUUCGAAUAUGGAUGACCUCUUUAAAAGUUUAUCUAAAAUAUUAAAUUUUGUCGUUUUUUUUGAAAUUUUGGCCAGAUUACUAUAGAUUUUUAUCUAUAUUAUCAUUGUUUUUUUAAUUAUGUAACUUUAUAUAAUUUUUUAGGUUUUCUUUCCGUACACUGAAUUCAGUCAGCAAGAAUUGACCAUCAAAAACGAAUGGGACAAGCCCUUUAUGUUCAAGAUGAAGAGUACCAGACCUGGAGUCCUCAAGAUGCGUCCUGUCUUUGGUAUCAUCAAACCCAAGGCUAGUGUAAGUUUAUUUUUGCUUUGAUUUUUCUAGAAAUCUAUAUUUUCAUUUUUUGUCCAAGAAUGGUAUAGUUAGAAGCCUUCUUACACGUCGUAAUGUCAUCCACAACUUUAGAAGACGAUCAAACUGUCGAUGCGAUGUGCCGACCCCAACGAUGCCAAGAUAAGUGAAAAGGACCGAUUCACAGUUGUUGCAGCUCCAAUACCUAAGAAGUUGGUCAGUGUUGCGGCCAUCUUCAAAGAGAACAAAGCUCCAGAAGUCCGUCUUCAAGCAGUUCGAAAGGUUCUGAAGAUCAAGAUUGGAGAGAAGAAGCCAUCUGUAGCUACUGCCUCAGCGGAAGAGAAGAAAGAGAGCAAGGAGGAAAUCAAAGAAAAAAAGGAAAGCAAGGAAGAAAUAAAGGAAGAAAAGAAGGAAAGCAAAGAAGAAGUAAAGCCUGAGAAGAAGGAGAGCAAGGAAGAGGUCAAGACAGUCCAGAGUGAGGUCAAGAAGGUGGAGAAGAAAGUGAGUUAUUAAAAUUGUUUAGCUUUAUUGUAUGGAAAAGACAAUGAAAGCUUUGGGAUUAUUAUAUUAAAUUGAGCAAAAAGUAACUAAAUCUCUAGUUUAAUAUAACUAAAAUAAUAUUUUCAGGAGAAGAUCAAAGAGGACACCAAGGACAAAAGCAAGAAGAGUCACAAAAGAAAGAAGAGUAGUCGGGGCAAGAUCAAGAAGGAAAAGAAGACGAAAAAGUCGACUGACGAUCAAGCAGCCGCCAAAAAGACUGGAGAAGAAGAAAAAGAAAGCUCGAGCACUAAAACUUGGUGCUCGACUUGUUCAUGUCACUCGAACUGCGGCAGAACUCACAAAAGCACUGCCAAGACUAAAACUACCUGA